UGGGAAAUAAACAGAGCAGUAUCUGGUGUAUCAGUAGCAUGUAGCGUCGAUCAGCACUUACUAUUCUGGAUGAAGCGAGAUAUAUAACACGUAGUUGGCUGUCAGACUGACGUCGGUGCUCCGGUUAUCACUUUGCCCCGGGAAGAGAAAAUAAGGAGGUUUUUUCGGGCGAAUCGCGCGUCGGGAUGAAUUUCCAGGACUUUGACCACACAGCAGCUCGUAAAGUGGAGUAGAAACCCGCAGCAACGUUUUACCAAAUAGGACCGAAGACUUGCAAAAGUCUUGCACGGAUUCAUCUUUCAACCGUUUUGUUGAAACGAAUAGUAAACAUGAUCUGACGUUUCUUUAGUAAUAACGUGACUUUGUUGUCAGUUUGCUGCUGCCGUUUCCUAAUUUAUGGCGUUUGACUCCUAGGCGAUGUGAACGGUAAUUAUAAAUCAUUGAACUGCAUGUCUCCCAAUUUGUGAACACAAGAUAACUGUCCCACUGGACGAGGAUUUGUACCAUGGCAACUCGGAUUGGAAUAAUCUUUAUUUUUCAAGUCUAUGUAAACAAUUGUCCUCUGUACUAAGUGAUGGGUCCGCAGCACAGAAGACAUCGAUAACCUCUGUGUCAGCACGUUUUUACCCUCCUGAUCUUUCUCAGUUGUCAUUCUAUUUUAUGUUCAAGCUUUUAUCGUUUCUACAAUGGAAACGGUCGUAUUGAAGUUGCAACGCUCAUCGUUAAUCUGAGCACCACCAUCAGAGCGACUAGUUUAUCUUCCCGAGAUAAAGGACAGUCAUGUGGGGCCCUGCACCACCAUCCCUGCAGGUCGCCGUAAAAGUCCUGAAACACGCCGCUGGCAAAGGACAGAUCCAGCUGAACCGCUGGCUCCAGAGACCCUCCCCGGACGAGUGCGAUAAAAUUGACCUCUUGAUAUGCAACACCUUUGACGAGAGAGGAGGCGCCGUCGGCAAGUCUGAUGGAGACCCGGAGAGCAUCGUUGACACUGGCGUGUCAUUCACCGGUGGCGCCACCAACAGGGAGUUCAGACACCAGUGUUGUAUUACCACGUGUUGCUUCAAGAGCAGCCUCCUGGCAUGCAUUCUGACAGCUGUGUGCUUCUCCUCCGUGGCUCUAGUCCGACAGUACCUCAAGGACCUUCUUCUCUGGGUGGAGAGCUUGGACAGCCUGGUUGGAGCCUUGCUGUUCAUAGUUGGUCUGAUCGUUGUGUCCUUCCCAUUCGGCUGGGGGUACAUCGUGCUGAACGUGGCUGCGGGAUACCUCUACGGCUUCGUGCUGGGUAUGGGACUGGUGAUGGUGGGGGUGCUCAUAGGUACCUUCGUGGCUCACCUGGUGUGUAAGAGACUGUUGACGGACUGGGUGGUCAACAAGGUGGGGAACUCUGAACAGCUCAGUGCUGUAAUACGUGUGGUGGAGGGGGGAAGUGGACUCAAAGUUGUGGCCUUAGCGAGACUCACGCCCAUUCCCUUUGGACUCCAGAAUGCAGUGUUCUCAAUCACAGACGUGUCGUUGCCAAACUACCUGGUGGCGUCGUCAGUCGGCCUGCUGCCCACACAGCUCCUAAACUCCUACCUGGGCACCACGCUGCGCACCAUGGAGGAUGUCAUCGCAGAACAGAGCAUCAGCGGAUACCUGGUCUUCAGUCUACAGAUCAUCAUCAGUAUAGGUCUGAUGUUCUACGUGGUCCAUCGGGCCCAGGUGGAGCUGAAUGCGGCCAUCGCUGCCUGUCAGAUGGAGCUGAAGACAUCACACAUGAACGGCACUUCCACCAAUCACAGCGGCUUCACCUACUGCAGCAAGAGGGCGUCGGCCGGGGGUGGGAUCAUCAAUGUGGUCUGAUUAAUGUCUCAAAACCCUGAUUGGACACGAGCAAAUGGGAUCAAAAUGAACACUGAUUGGCCAGUAGAGCAGAUCUGAUAUCUUCCACGACGAGGAGGACCUACCAAAUAGCGACGCUGAUUGUGUGAAUCUAUGGGGCUUGUAGCUGCAGCUGAGGGCUGCCAGGUGUUUAGUAGUCAGGUACAGUGGUGUUGUCAUCACAGACUUAGCUACAACCUGAACACUCUAUGCAGCACAGCUCACCAUUCAGAUCUCAAUGAGACCAAGGGCUUCUCUUCUACAGUGUGGGACCAGGGGCUAAGGGCUUCUCUUCUACAGUGUGAGACCAGGGGCUAAGGGCUUCUCUUCUACAGUGUGGGACCAGGGGCUAAGGGCUUCUCUUCUACAGUGUGAGACCAGGGGCUAAGGGCUUCUCUUCUACAGUGUGGGACCAGGGGCUAAGGGCUUCUCUUCUACAGUGUGGGACCAGGGGCUAAGGGCUUCUCUUCUACAGUGUGGGACCAGGGGCUAAGGGCUUCUCUUCUACAGUGUGGGACCAGGGGCUAAGGGCUUCUCUUCUACAGUGUGGGACCAGGGGCUAAGGGCUUCUCUUCUACAGUGUGGGACCAGGGGCUAAGGGCCUCUCUUCUACAGUGUGGGACCAGGGGCUAAGGGCUUCUCUUCUACAGUGUGGGACCAGGGGCUAAGGGCUUCUCUUCUACAGUGUGGGACCAGGGGCUAAGGGCUUCUCUUCUACAGUGUGGGACCAGGGGCUAAGGGCUUCUCUUCUUCAGUGUGGGACCAGGGGCUAAGGGCUUCUCUUCUACAGUGUGGGACCAGGGGCUAAGGGCUUCUCUUCUACAGUGUGGGACCAGGGGCUAAGGGCUUCUCUUCUACAGUGUGGGACCAGGUGCUAAGGGCUUCUCCUCUUCAGCGUGGGACCAGGGUGCUAUGCUCUAUGUUGACCUCAUUUAUAAUGAUGUCAAAAGGAAGAAAUGGUUUAGCAUACACUAGGAGGCCUUUUUUCUAUUGGUUCGUUUUUUUGUUUUUCUCUCACCAUAAGAAGCAGUACGCCAACGUGUUGAUCCUGCUCUGUUACUGGGGUAGAGGCUUACGGAACCAUACGUCAUCGUUACGUAUG